CCCUCCGACUUCGUCGCGUACACAUCCCUCCCCUGGAUCGCGUAGGAUCGCGCGGCUACCGUCGUCGGCGACGUGUGUUGCGAAUCGCGUUUACGUGUACGCAAUACGCAUACGCGGGCGCGAACGUACGAGCGGGUACGAUUAUACCCAUAUAUACAUUUCUCCGAUUUAUCCGUCUAUCUAUCGCUCGUCGGUGGAUACGCUUGUGAUACUGCGACUGUCCGAGAAAGCCCGUUUCGCUUUCGCAGUCACGAGAGAGAUAGAGAUAGGGGGGGGGGGGGAGAGGGCGAAACGGAAAUUGAAAACGACGGUGCAGCAAUCCAACCGGGCGCGGAUCGCAGGGGGAGAGAGAGAGAGAGAGAUACUGAACUUCAUUCCGCGCGGAAUUGCGGAGCUCGCCUUCGGAGUUUCUCUCGAUUACAUCGCUACGGUAUUUCUGUCCGUAUCUCAGGAAUUAUCUCCGAAGAUCCAUCGGCGGAAACGUCCGGUCUGAUUAUUGGGGGAUUUUACUACUGGGGUGAGUGGAUACCCUCCGGGCGAAAAUCGCCCCUUUGCCGCGCCGGGGACAUUCGCGGCGGGAGAAGGAUCGCUCCGCGCGAUCGUUCGUUAGGAUCUCGGACGCUAUAUCGCUGCGUGCCGACCCGUCGCUCGAUAUAAUCGCUCGAUAAGGAUCCCUGGAGUGAAGUGGCACAAUAUACUUUACGUCUUUUUCCGAAUAAAAAGAGAAAAAAUUCGGGUCGAGAAAUAUUUGGCUGAUUUAGGAUGAACAUCUGGAAGAAGCGACGCUUGUAAAGUUUUCGGUUUGUUGGUGCCGUGUCUUUCCACGCGUGUGCUACUCCGUUUUUCGCUGCAGACCGCGCGGAAUUGAAUCUGAAGGAAGACAAGUGCGUGUGGAAGUAGUGGAGGAUCGCGGGAGAUCGGGCGCGAUGCGCUGAAGAAGUGCUAUCGAUUUUACCGGGGAUCAAAAGCGGGACGCCUAUACAGGCGCGCUGGACAUUAAGUUAAAUCGCUGCGGCAUCGAGAACGGGACGGGCAGAGAUAGUGUAAUAGUGAUAAGGCAAGUGAGAGAACUGGAUAGAGAUAGUGGAGUCGCGUGACCUGGUCAACUUGGUGGCUAAUCGCGAGUGUGCAAUAUUGCUAUGCUGCCCCAAAGAAGCGUUUUACCGUUUCAAUAGAAAGAAACUUCAGUGUAACGUGACUCGUAAAAAGGGAGGAGAACAAUACGUGAAUCGUUCUCGAAUAUCAUUCGAGAGAGACAGAAAGAGAGAGAAAGAGAGAGAGGAGGGCGAUGCUCGCGGCGAGAGACGUGAAAGUGAAGGGCAGACAUCUCUUUUGAAACGCAUUACCGUGGGUCCGAAUGAUAACGAUAGAAUUGAACAGAUGUAACUGAGAGCUUUCGUCGGAAAGACAUACGGCGCGUGUACAGUGGAGAGACGUACGCGCGAGGUAGCGAAAGACUGAGCGAUCUGACGUCCCCCAGCGGUCGCGGUGCGGGAGGAGGAGCGGUCCGGUAUUAAUUGCCCCGUCAGCAAUUGAGUUUUGUAAAGGCUCGGCCUCUUAAUUAGUUCGGCGAGGAUCUAACGUGAACGAUGAAGUGGUGCGUGUUGGUGUUGGUACUCGCCGGUCUGACUAGGGGCGAUAAUGCCGAUACGAAUGUCUUCAAUUGUCCGGUACUCAAUGCUCAAGACGACUUAGACCUCGACAAGAUACUGGGCAAGUGGUACGUCGUGGAAGUGCUGGAACACAGGACGGACCCCGCGAAGGCUGUGCCCCACUCGUACAUCGUUGACUCUUGUCCAAUCGUGAAAUUGAGAUCGUCGGAUUACGGUUCGUUAAGACUGUUGUGGAGUGAAGAGUCUGGAAACGUGGAAUACUCCUUCCGGAUACCAAACAUCAGCAGCAGAAAGGGCUUUUGGCAAACCAUGACCUCGCAGAACGGUACCUUGGCGGAGAGGUCGAAGUACAUGCAGUUCGUCGGCACCGUGCACGUAAUGAAGGCCGUCGCCUCGGACAUGGUGUUGACUUUCUGCUCCCGGAAUCCCAACAAUCAGCUUUACUCCCUUCUACUGUCGCGCGAGCACACGCUGCAGCAGAGCGACAAACGGGGCGUUCACAAUCUCCUGGCGCGCCGCGGCCUGAAGAACGUCAGCAUCCGCGAGACCUGCGUGAACGGCGGCGCCGGAUCCAGGCGGGUCGCGCUCGAUCUCGUCGCCUGGGCGACCCUCGUCGGCCUGCUAUCGUCGAGCCUCCUAUUCAGGUCCUGGCAGUAGUGAAAUUAGACGGACGGAUCGAUCGAUCUCGAGACGCCCGUCAGAUCAUCAGAUCGCGCCCGACCGUGUCUCGGACUAAUUAACGUGAUUAUGCCAACACUUUGGAUGCUGCCGCGCGAAUAAUCUCAGAACAUUACGGCGGAUUACGGAAAUCCGUCGACUGCGCUCCGGCGUACACGUGUUACAUUAGUGUUGCGUGUCUAUAAGAUGCCCCCGCGAAUUGAAUAAUAAUUUUCGCGUCAUAGUUUUCCGUGUAAUUUAAGUUCUCAUGGAAGAAUUUUUAAUUACCGACCACUCUUUUUUUAAUUUAAUAAAAUUUAUAUACUUAUUAUGAUUUAUCACAUUACUGUAAACUGCUUUAAAAAACUAUUAUACAUAUAUACGGAUAUUACUAAAAAGAAAAAAGCAAAUAUUCUUUACAUGAUUACAAAGUAAAUCGUAAUUAAUAUUAAUAAAACGCAUUCAGGAGUGUGAUAAUUUUAACUAAAAAUUAAAUCUCGCGCACUAAGCAAUUAAUAAGCUCUAUUUAUUGUAUUAUUCUUUUUUUAUCCGCGUCUAGUACACUUUCAGCGUAUGUCAAUCGAUAUACGAACUAACUUUAAUUGAAACAAGGGAAUUGCAUCCAAAGAGUUAAAAUUAUCACGGCACGGCGACGAGAACGCUCGAUCGUUGACAUCGAAGACUUUUCAAUUCCUUCGCAAUUAACUUAACGUCAUCGUGGAUACUCGGAUCGACAUCGCGGAAGGCGGAAUUGCGAAUUUAGAUCCGCGGCGUGUGUUCCCGAUCUCUCAGGUAAUCGCACAGAAAGUACGGAUCACGUCAACGGGAUUUGUGAUGCGGCGGCGGUGGCUCCGACGACGACGACGACUUUUAAGGGGAUCGCGCAGCUCGCGAGAGAUCGAGCGUAGGAGGGGCAUCGAUAUCAUCUGCGAUUCCCAUGCGGAAGCUCCUUCCGUUUCAAUUCCCUUAUAGGAUUCCCCGGAUCGUCGGCCACUCGAAUAUUUUCCAGCGACGUCCGCCGUCGUUUGUCCCCCCGUCGAGAAUGAAUUACCCAUUAGGCGAUUUCUCUUUCUCCCUCCCUCCCCCUUCCUCCCGUGGACCCUCCUCGUGGACAUCUCGCUCUUCGUCGCUCCACACGGUUUUUAAUCAACGGCCCUUUGUAGCGAGCGCAAAAAGUUUGCGGCGAACAAAGCGCGUGUACCGCGGGAUUCAUUUUUUUUCUCCCCGCGAUGUUUUCUUGAGUUAUGCGCCAACGUAUCCUCCCUGGCAACAAAUUCGCUAAGCGAGAUGAUUUUGCAUCGGUUUCUUAUUGAAAAGGUAUGUUUCGAAAUUUCUACUUAAUGCUUCUAUUAAUGCAUUUUUGUGCGUGCUGUAUUAGAUAAAUAAUUAUAUCUACCUUUCGUAAUUACCUUUCGUAAUAUUACUUCUUGCGAUCACGGAUCUAAGUUUCUACGGAUCUAAGUCGGACGGAUUCGUGAGGGCAAAGAGUGAAAAAAAAAACAGAGUGCUCCCGAAGUUUCAGCAAAGUUGUUAAGAUCACUUCGCGUCCGUUGCGAAAAUACGCGGUCCCCCCCUUCUCCGCCAUCCCUUUAAUGGCGCAAAUCCCAACGAAAUCCGUAACAGAGGGAGAGUAAGAAUGACGGAACAUCAGAAUCUCUCCCGCGCGAGAACCGCGCCGGGGAUUUUCCGCAAAUACUUUUCCGAUAGCGGAGGGACGCGCGCCCCGUUUGGCGCACCCCUUGGCAUCCCUUUGACCACGCUGAGGGAUGUUCGAGCGCGGUACUCUAACGCUCCUCUUUCUAUCUCUCUGUUCCCUUUCCCCCCUAUGUACCUUGUCCGUCAGAAAAGUUCGCCUCGAAUUGCCUUAUCGCGGGGAGAACAUCUCUCGAUGCCCCGAGAGUCGCGCCGUCCCGCCGAUAAGAGCGCGGAUUACGAGGGGAGAGAAAUGGGAGUGCGGGAGGGCUAAGAGAAGUGUCUGUAUUCUUGUGUCAAAUAGACGAAGAAAUAGAGAGAAAGAGGGGGAGAAGAAAGGGGGACAUAUAUAUAUAUAUAUAAGGAAGAAUGAGGUAUGCCCUCGACGAUUUCGAGUUCCACUGAUGCAGCAAGCUCAUGCAGAUUGCAGAACUGUCUGAACGGCGAUAAUGCUGUUCCGCGGGAAGAAGUUCCCCCCAUCAGGGAUUCGCUCUCGCCUCUUCCGGGACUUUCCGUAUACGGGGUGCUCUCGAGAACGAGGCCGUAAUGUUUGACCGUGGCGAGCGUGCACCGCGGUGCAUUAUGACGACCAAUCCCGCUAACGUCUUGAAAAGUAACAAUGAGACGCCGCGGCUUACGAUAAAAGUUGCCUAUGUGCCUAUUUAGGUGACAAUUGGUCUAUCACUGAUCCCAUUUUAAUUUCUCCUUUUAUAAGGCAUAAAUUCUCACUCUCAUAAGAUUUUUAAUCUCCCUUCAUCACGUAAUACACAUAAAAAGUUAUACAUACGUUUGAAAGAAUUAUUCGUUUUUCUAUUAUUGUAAUCCCUCAAUAUGUAAUAGAUCUCUUCACAGAAUUGGGUAAGUACUGUAUAAAUCUAAGAUCUCACGAAGUCUUUUUCAAGACACCCUGUAUUAUUCAGUUCGGGUCACGUACAAGCUCGCGAGUGUCGCGACAUCGUCGUCGCGACGUCGGCGUCGUCCUUGUUUCGCUCCUGCGCCGCGCGUAACGAAAUCACCCAAAAUCUCCGUACCUCGCGCCUGGAAUUUUCAAACGACUACGCAAAUAGGUAAUCCCGUUUUUCAAGAGACCGAAUCGGCAAUUAUUGAUUUAUCAUAUCACUGAUUCCCGGCCCCAAAAAAGGGCCGAAUCCGCACAAAUCGAGUCCUUUGCACGAUUGUCGAAUUAAUACCUCCCGCGUGUUCGGGAUAGAGGAUAAAAAAUUAUAUGUAAGACCAGCAAUAGCUUUGACUGUCGAAUUUUUAUACAUCUUCUCAGUGUUUUUAACGUUUUAAAGUGAAGGAAGAGGUGCACCGCUUCGGAAUUUCUACACGCGCGUUAUCGAAAAAUCGAUGUCUAUACGGACGUCGCUUGAGACCGGUCCAACGUUGCGCGUAUUUACGAUAAGUAAUUGUAAUUUUGGCUAAAGUUCCGAAAAGGCUUUCGCCCCCAACCACUGUCGAAUUCGUCGACAAUCUCUCUUGGAAAAAUAAAAAGCAAAAUUUUUAAUGCGAUUUUUUUGCUCUUCACGAAUAAAAUUUCAACCACCAUAAAUGGAUAGAUGCAUAUUUUUUAUUGUUCGUUACAUGCUAGAUUUUAAAAUAAUUCAAGGUAAAUACGCUUUUCGGAACUUCGCUCAUAAUUUUAAGCGAAAAAUCUAAGUGUUCAAUUUAAAUGAAGUCAGUUCGACUGGAAACCGCGUAAUAUCAAUUUUUUUUUAAAGUCUAGUUAGAUCAGAAUUUUACUCUAAAGUAAUGGAUGCUGUGUUUGAUUAAAUCAACGUUCUAUCUCCACCCUUCAAACCUUUCAAACGUUUUAUAAAAUAAAACGCUGCUAACUCCGCCGUUAACUCUCGAGAAAGAUCUGAUUUAUGCGGUUUCCAAUCGCAUCGAUCGCAAAUAAUCACGUCGUACGUACGUGGAUGAUUCGUGUCUCUGAAGCGAAAAAAAAGAAGAACGAAUCGAUCGUCGUUCUUCCAUACGAGCUCGGGACACGAGAUAGACAGAAAAUGCAUGUCGUACAUGUUUCCGGACGUUAUAGCGAAUGUAAAAUGACAAUAGGGUGUCAGCGGUCAAGCUGAUUCUGCGCGGAUGGAUAGGUAUAGCGAAUUGUCGAAUGUUUAAAGUCUAAACUAUCGAACCAAGUAUCGCGUGAGGGAGAAUAUCGAUAUGUGUACCGUGACAAUUUCACAUUCAAUCUGCAAUUCUCGAAUGUUUUCUCUACAGUCGUCUAGGAUUAAGAAACGUCAGUUAUCUGAUAAGCAUACGAACAUAACUAUAAAAGACGUAAAUUCUUAGCCGUUUCCGUUGCGUACGAGACACAAAUUUUAUUGUUAACGCUUAAGUGUCAUUAUUUUUACGAUUUGUUAAAUUGAUAUAAAAUCACAGAAUUAUAUAUAUGUAGGGAAAAUAAUAGUUUCAUUCAACUGCGAAUAAUAAUUGAAGCAACGUGAGAUAAUUUGAAAUAUAAAGUGCUACUCGAAAUACAAUAAUUAUAUUUAUUAUUUUGUUAAUUGUUUUAUAUAUAUUAUAACUCUAUAAAGCAAAUUUAUUACUGAUUAUCGGGAUGCCGUUAUUACUAGAAAGUCUAUUAUAAAAUAAUGUAGUUGUUAAAAUAAUCAUAUUUAUAUAUAUAUAUAAAAUGCCGUAAAGAUACGAUAUAAUAAUUAUUACCAAUCGAUUAAUAUCAAGAUGCGAAGUGAUUGUGAUUAACGACGUAAUUAAAUUAAACAUUAUAGCAACGAUUACGCAUAUACAUUUCUUAAAAAGCCUUCGUUAAGCCUGAUAAAUUUGGAUAUCUGCAAUUAGGUCAAUGUCAAAAAUACAUUCGAAAAAGUAAUUUAAUAAAUGACAAUUAAGAUAAAAAAUGUUUUAUCAUUUUUCUUCAUCUAGAUUUUAGAACAAUGUCGGACAACUAACGCGGGUGCAUUAAGAAUGUUGUGAUGAAAAUGAGAAUGCAAAAUAAUCACCUGAUAGUCUUGAUACCAAAAGAUUUAAGAAAAGCUACGGGCGCGUGUGAGAAAAAUUAUAGCUAAUUAAGGUCAACACCGUGCUGAUUGCUGUAAAGUAAUAUCGAUUGCGCAAUAACGCAGUGUUGUGCUGUAAGGCGGGAGGGAGGAGCGGUCGGAGGGAGGGGAGUAAACAAUUAAAGCUCACGAUGGGACGCGAUUAAGCCCAGUGUGGAGCUCGAUAGUUCGGCGAAGGAAGACCGGCUUAUCGAUCCCUUCCCGUGCUCUCGUGAGCGGCCUCGAGAAAGCUACCCGUUGUUUCCGUUAACGUAACGUCGCUGCCGUUAUGCAGAAAUUUACGAGGCCGCGGCACUAACCACGCGAGAGCCGUGCCAUCAAUUUUUAUCACACUCACUUCCGAAUUAAGCUUAAACACGAUAUUUCUUUUCGAGCAUACGGCGGAUUUAUCGGACGAUUACACGGGAAACCCAUAACUCGCGUUACGACCCGGGCCCCCACGUAUUUCUCACAUCCGCGCGCACAAGGCUGCCGUUAUGUUUUUUCUUUUCAAUAUCUCUCGUCAUUUAUUGAAGGAUUAUUACCGCGGCGUCCCCUCAGCUUCCAGAUUCGUGGCUCCCCGUGCUUGAGGGAUCUCAAAUCUCGAGGCGGGACGUGGCGAUUCAAACGCAUGGAGCUUUCGCCGGAUUGUCCGGAAUUUAUUGCUUAAUCACGUUCGCUCGGGUAAAAUUGAAUUUUAACGUUUCGAAAUUCAGUAAUGCUUACGAACAAAUUUAACCGAGGAUUAUUAAUUUAUCUUCCUUCAGUAUAUUCGAUGGGUUAAUUUAAUUAAUGUGUCGCGCUUAACGAUGGGCAUUCAUUUCUUGUUCUUCCAGAUAUUUUUAAAAUUUUCCGAUUUUUGAUGACAUUGAAAGUUAUAACUUUUUUUUUUCAAAUAUACAAAUCGAUCGAAAGUGCUUGUUAGCUCGUCACUCUACAAUUACUAAUUAAUUGAUAUAUUAAUGCGAAAGAGACGUGAUGAAAUAAUAAUAUAUAUACGUGACAUCUAUUGCGAACUGAUGUCUGUAUAUGUAUAAUCUUGGCUUCGAGUUAAGACAAGAAAAUCGUGAUACCGAUCGUGAAAGAACUGCCCACAAUCAUCGCUAAUUCGCGAUAAUUUUAAGUGUAAUGAGGGAUAUAUUAGAGAGCUCGUUGAAUUAUUGAAUUAUUGUAUAACUCGAUACGCAAUGGUCGCGCGGGAAUGCGCGAUGUUAUGUUUAAAAUGCUCUAGAGUCUUUAUUUAUUGUACAAAAUGCUGGAUAUUAUAGAUAUAUAUAAAUAUAUACAUAUAAGUAUACGUUAAGUUAUACAUAUAUGAUCUAUAGUACCUAAUACGAUGUAAUCGUAUGCUUAUUAUGUGUAUAAAUAUGAAACAAUAAAAAAAACCACUUCGA